AGCUGGUCCAGGUCAGUUCGCUGCAUGAGCAGGCGCAGGAUUCAGAUGAGAGAAGCCCCAGAAGUGAAGCUCCAUGAGGACGCAAGCUGGCAGUGGAGGCGGAGGGUUGUCCUUUGAGUGCAAGUUGAUUGGUGUUGCUGAGUCCGCUUUUCAAUCUGAAGUGGGCCCUGUUUGUUUCUGGUGAGCACAGAGCUCAGAGCCAUGGCUGCUGCUCUCAUCAGUGCGCAGGUGGGAUGGGGUUCCUCCAAGGAGUUUUUGGAUCUUGUGAAACAGAUUGGAGAGUGCCGUUCAAAAGCCGAAGAAGACAAGAUUGUGCUGGGGGAGAUUGAGCUGCUCAAAAAGAAGAUGGCUGAACCAGAUGUUCCUAAGAAGAAGAUGAAAGAGUACGUGAUUCGGCUGGUGUAUGUUGAGAUGCUGGGGCAUAAUGCAUCCUUCGGCUACAUCCACGCCGUAAAGAUGACUCACGAGCACAGUCUUGCGGCCAAGAAGACGGGCUAUCUGGCAACCUCGCUGUUCUUGGAUGACAGCCACGACUUGAUCAUCUUGAUUGUCAACACCAUCCAGCAAGACCUCAAGUCGGACAACUACCUCGUGGUCUGCGCCGCCCUCACUGCCGUCUGCAAACUGAUCAAUGCGGAGACCAUCCCCGCCGUCCUGAACCAGGUUGCGGAGCUAUUACACCACCCCAAGGAGCUUGUGCGCAGGAAAGCCGUCAUGGCGCUGCACCGCUUCUACCAGCGUUCCCCCAGCACCGUCUCACACCUUAUGCCCAGAUUCCGGCAGGUGCUGUGCGACAAGGACCCCAGCGUGAUGAGUGCGGCUCUGUGCGGGCUCUACGAGCUGAUUGUGGCGGACGCUGCGCCGUACAAGAACCUGGUGGCCAGCUUUGUGAGCAUCCUGAAGCAGGUCGCGGAGCACCGCCUGCCCAAGACGUAUGACUACCACAAAACGCCCGCGCCCUUCAUCCAGAUCAAGCUGCUGAAGAUCCUGGCGCUGCUGGGCGUGGCGGACAAGGCUGCAAGCGAGAACAUGUACAGCGUGCUGGCGGACGUGCUGCGCAAGAGCGACACGGGGGCCACCAUCGGGAACGCCAUCCUGUACGAGGGCAUCGCCACCAUCGCAGCGAUCUAUCCCAACCCCAAGCUCUUGCAGCAGAGCGCGCAAGUCACCUCCCGCUUCCUCAAGAGCGAGAGCCACAACCUGCGGUACAUGGGCAUCGACGCGCUGGGCCGCAUCGUGAAGAUCAACGCCGACUUUGCGGCGGAGCACCAGCUGGCGGUGAUUGACUGCCUGGAGGACCCAGACGAGACGCUCAAGCGCAAGACGCUGGAGCUGCUUUUCAAGAUGACCAAGCCCGCCAAUGUGGAGGUGAUUGUGGAGCGCAUGAUUGGCUACAUGCGCACCGUCACCGACGCCCACUCGAAGGGCACCAUUGCGGGCAAGGUCAUCGAGCUCGCCGAGCGCUUUGCGCCCACCAACGAGUGGUUCAUCCUGACGAUGAACCAGGUGUUUGCGCUGGCGGGCGACCUGGUGAAGCCCAAGGCGGCGCACGACCUGAUGCGCCUCAUUGCCGAGGGCAACGGCGAGGAGGACGAGGCAUCGGACACGCAGCUGCGCUCGCUGGCGGUCGACUCGUACUUGGACCUGCUCGAGGCGCCCAAGCUGCCGGCCCUCCUGCUGCAGGUCAUCUGUUGGGUACUGGGCGAGUACGGGACCGCAGACGGAAAGCAUUCCGCAACGGCCAUCGUGACCAGCCUCUGUGACCUGGCCGACCGCUACUCCGAGGACACCACUGUGCGGGGCUACGCGGUGUCUGCCAUCCAGAAGGUGUGCGCCUUCCAGGUUGCCGCGGGGCGGCCCGCCCCGGUGACCCCCGAGGUGCGGUCGUUCCUGGACGCGCUGUGCAUGUCGCGCUCGACGGACCUGCAGCAGCGCGCGUACGAGCUGCAGGCGCUGCUGGGCCUCGGCACGGACGCCGUCGGGUCCGCGCUGCCCGAGGACGCCUCCUGCGAAGACAUCGAGGUAGACGAGAGCCUGUCGUUCCUUGGCGCUUUUGUCGCUGCCGCUCGCACUGCCGGCGCCAAGCCGUACAUCUCCGAGAACGAGCGCCUGGGCCUGCCCCCCACCACCGACCUGGCCACUCUCCUGGGACCCUCAGGGCCCCGGCCCGCCACCCCUCCUUCGCACUCUCUCCGAUUUGAGGCAUACGAAACGCCGACGAUCCCUGCUCGCAAUAUGACCCCGCCCGAACAGCCGAAUUACGGUGCGGGAGACCUGAUGCACGUGGAGGCUGCCCGGGGCAGCGCGGCCAGCGGGGCGCCCGAGGCGUCGGGUAGGGGGCAGACGGGCGGUCCGCCAAAGCUGGGGCUGCGGCUGGACGGAGUGCAGAAGAAGUGGGGGCGGUCGACGUACACCAGCGCUCCCUCAACGUCCGCUGCGUCUACGUCAGCUUCCUCCAGCAGUGCUCCGCCCUCGGCCCCCGUUUCCUCCGCUCCUCGGGAAGAAGCCCGCCCAACUCCGUACGUCUCUGAUCGACGGCCACGCGAACCUGAGGUGUCCGAGGAAAAGAAGAAGCUGGCGGCAUCGCUCUUCGGGGGGGGCGCUGCCACCACGUCUCGUGGUGGAGGAAAGGCAGCGCCUCGGCCGGCCACAAAGACGAAACUGGCGGAAGGGGGCCGUGCGGGAACGCCCACGAAGUCAACCCCCGUCCCGCAGCCGGAAGUGAAUCUGCUCGACUUCGGCUCGGAUAGCGAGGCUCCUUCAAGCGCGGCUCCGACCCCUGCUGCGGAUCCCUUCAAGCAGCUAGAAGGGCUGUCCGUUUCCACUCCGGCUCCCCCCUCGACAGAGCCGUCUCCUGCUGUUGCUGCGGCCGCAAAGCCUGCCUUUGAUUUGGCCUCCUUGUAUGCGGGGCCGACGCAACCCGGUUCCGUAGUUGGGGGCGUUUCGUCGAACCGGCCGACCAGCCCAGUUCCGGGACUGACAAACACGGGGCCGGGCCUGGCGGGAAAUGGAAGGCCCAAUUCGGUGUCACCAGUCGUCAACAAGGCCCAGCAGGCUCAGAAAGCAGGAAUUGUGCCGCAAAAUCCAGACAUCUUCCAUGACCUUUUGGGUUGAGGCCGACAGAGAUGUGAACCGGAAGUCGGGCGUUGGCAUUGUUGUUUAUUCUGAAAAGCGUUCCAUAUACUGCAUGCUAAAUAGCACAGAGUAUUCACGCGAAGGCGCGCAACGCCGUGGACCGGGUUCUACCUUCUCGAUCCACCCAGCUACCUGCAAUGGUCCUG